GAUAAGUUCCAUUGUUGAAAAAUGUUUUUAUUACCCUUUAAGUGUCGUGAUACCAAGUUUGCGGCGUUUCUAAUUUAGCAAUUGUAAGAAAGGUACUAUGAUGUUUGUCUAUCCACUCUUAUUAUGUUGACUGUUAUUUUGCCAUUUGUUGUGGCAAAAACUGUAUACUCGUGGUAAACCUCAUGAAAUAGCCAAGUCAAACUUUCCGAGGUUUUGUAAACUCUAUGAAGCUAUCCCUGUCUGUAGUUCAUAAGAGAGCAACGAUUUAGAUGCAUAAAGAAUAUCCAAAUUUUCCUGAACAGAUAUCUUUUGCAAUAUAGUAACAUCGCCGUUUUGAACGGGCAGCAUGCUAUGAGCAUUUUUUUCUAGAAAGACAACACCUCCCGCAAAAGAAAAGCCUCCUCGAUCCGUCUUGCACUAUUGUUCCUCCACGUUGCAGCACAAGUCUCUGAUUUCUCCACGUGGAAUAAAAUGAAACGGUCAAAUCCGCUGAGAGAAUCGGCUUCUGUAAAAUCAUUGGCUGAACGUCCCUGGGCCAACUUGCGCGCCAAACCAGUGGGCGCAGAAAUUUUCUUCUGAGAAAGCCAAUUCACCGCCAAAGCCAAGUGAGCUUUGCUAGUUGUCAACGAUUGUACAGGCAAAAAUAAAUGGCAACGAUAACUUCGACUACAGGUGUAGAACGACGUAAUAAUGAAGAGUCUCUUACAUUACCUGACCUUCUAAACGGUAUUAACCCAGACCUACUAGAGGACAUGAAAGCUCAAACUCCCAGUGUUUUGAGAGCUCUUAUGGAACAGGAGAGGCUAUUGGCAGACUACAGUUCUACCAAUAGCACCGAUAUAUCAUCUUUUCUAGGAGGUGUGGAGAAUGAAACGGAUGUUUCUAGCAUGUAUGGAAAUGACUAUUUCCUUCCCUAUGCGGACCCGACGCUUCAAGCUUCUUCAAACAGAAGCUCAAUUAACCAGGAAACCUUUGGUGGAUACAAUUCUAGUGAACAACUAUUCAAUCCAUUUCCUUCUUCUAAUAGAUAUGAUGGUCAAAAUGGAGGCAAGGCAGUAUUUAAAGAUGAUGGACUGGAGGUCUUGCAGAACUUUCGAAAGUUUUCUGUUGAGGAACCGACGGCUUUAUUCGAAGAGAUGAAGCAAAAUCGGCCCUCUUCAGAUCAGUUUAACAGUGCAUCUGUCUUUGUUAGCAAAAAUAAGCGAUACUCGGUGGAGGCGUUAAGUCGACAGCCGAAAAUCAGCUCCCAUUCAACAUAUGACAAGGUCUCCGCUGACAGCAUUAUAUCGCCCCAGAAGCGGAAGGACCUUGGAUUGGCAGAUGACAGUAGCUAUUUCAAUGCUGGAGAGUCCGAUAGCUGCGGAACAAGUAAUGUUACAUCUUCUGUGGCCCCCACUGAGAAGAAAGCAAUGAGGGCUGAAAGGAAUCGUCAGUCUGCAGCUGCUUCACGGGAAAGAAAGAAGCAACAUAUACGAGAACUCGAGAGACGGGUAUCCUUAUUAUCUGCUGAAAACGCUCAUUUGCAGUUGGAGCAACUUAGCUUUGUUAAAAGUAGAAUCGAACGGGAGAAAAGAUUAAUAGAAGAAAAUCGUCGAUUAAAGAAUGAGGUGGGGAAUUAUUUGAUUAGAACUGAACUAAAACAUGCUGAACUUGAACAGGUUAAAUUCCAAGAGAAAGUUAUUCAUGAGAAGCAGUCCAAGAUAUUUGAACUGAGUAGCAAGCUCACAAAGCCUUCAUCUCGAGGGGCUUUGGAAAAACGAGUAACUUGGACUCCAAGUUCUGGAGAGAGUUUGUUUGAAGACUAGUUGUACAUGAGAAAAUAGACUGAUUUCUUUCCUUCAA